CUGGCACAAAAACAGACAUAUAGAUCAGUGGAACAGAACAGAGAGCUCAGAAAUGAACUCAUACAUACGUGAGCAAUUAAUCUAUGACAAAGGAGACAAGAAUAUACAAUGAGGGAAAUACAGCCUCUUCAGUAAAUGGUGAUGGGAAAACUGGACAGCUAUAUGCGAAAGAGUCAAACUGGACUACUUUCUAAUACCAUGUACAAAAAUAAAUUCAAAAUGAAUUAAAGACUUAAAUGUAAGACCUGAAACCAUAAAACUCCUAGAAGAAAACAUAGUAUGCUCUUUGACAUUGGUCUUAGUAAUAUUUUUUGAUAUAUUCCCUCAGGCAAGGGAAACAAAAGCAAAAAUAAACAAAUGGGACUGUGUGAAACUAGAAAGCUUUUGCACAAUGAAGGAAAUGAUCAAUAAAAUGAAAAGGUUACCUACUGAGUGGGAGAAGAUAUUUCCAAAUGCUCUGUCAGAUAAGUGGUUAAUAUCCAAAAUGUAAAAGAACUCAUACAGUUCAACAUAAAAAAAAAAACCCACAAACAGCCCAAUUGAAAAAUGGCCAGAGGAUCUGUAGACAUUUUUCCAAGGAAGACAUAUAGAUGGUCAAGAGGCACAGGAGAGAUGCUCAGCAUCCUUAAUCAUCAGGGAAAUGCACAUCGAAAGCACAAUGAGAUGUCACCCCGCACCCAAUAACCAUUAUCAAAAGACAACAAAUAAAAAGUGUUGGGGAGGAUGUAGAGGAAAGAGAACCCUUGUGCACUGUUGGUGGCAAUGUAAAUUGGUACAGCCACUAAGGAAAACAAUAUGGAGAUUCCUUAAAAAAUUAAAAAUAGAACUACCAUAUGAUCCAGCAAUUCCACAUCUGGGUAUUUACCUGAAGAAAACAAAAACACUUGAGAUAUGUGCACCCUUAUGUUCAUUGCAGCAUUAUUUACAAUAGCCAAGAUAUGGAAGCAACUGAAGUUCCCAUCAGUAGAUGAAUGGAUAAAGAAGAUGUGAUCUAUAAAUAUUUAUAAUGGAAAAUUACUCAGCCAUAAGAAAGAAUGAAAUUGUGCCAUUUGCAACAAUAUGGAUGGACCUAGAAGGGAAUCUAGAGCAACAGCAAAGCUGAGGUCAAACUGCCAUAAGGAUGGACACCAAGGAAGCUGUGUUUGGGACAAAAAGAAAUCAAGAUAAGCAACAUGAACCGUGAAGACCGGAAUGUGCUGCGUAUGAAAGAACGGGAAAGGCGGAAUCAAGAAAUUCAGCAGGGGGACGACGCCUUCCCACCUAGCUCUCCUCUCUUUGCUGAGCCAUACAAAGUUACUAGCAAAGAAGAUAAGCUGUCAAGUCGUAUUCAGAGUAUGCUUGGAAACUACGAUGAAAUGAAGGAUUUCAUAGGAGACAGAUCUAUACCAAAGCUUGUUGCAAUUCCCAAGCCUACAGUACCGCCGACAGCAGAUGAAAAAUCUAACCCAAAUUUCUUUGAACAGAGACAUGGGAGCUCUCAUCAGAGUAGCAAAUGGACUCCAGUAGGACCUGCACCCAGCACUUCUCAGUCUCAGAAACGGUCCUCAGGCUUACAGAGUGGACACAGUAGCCAGCGGGCCAGUGCAGGUGCCAGUAGUGGCGCUAAUAGCAGUGGCCAGAGGCAUGACCGUGACUCAUACAGCAGUGGUGGGAGCAGUAGCCGGAAAAAAGGCCAGCAUGGAUCAGAACACUCCAAAUCACGCUCUUCCAGCCCUGGAAAACCCCAGGCUGUUUCUUCAUUAAGUUCCAGUCAUUCCAGGUCUCAUGGGAAUGAUCACCAUAGCAAGGAACAUCAGCGUUCCAAAUCACCUCGGGACCCUGAUGCAAACUGGGAUUCUCCUUCCCGUGUACCUUUUUCAAGUGGGCAGCACUCAAAUCAGUCUUUCCCACCGUCAUUGAUGUCAAAGUCCAGUUCAAUGUUACAGAAACCCACUGCCUAUGUGCGGCCUAUGGAUGGACAGGAAUCCAUGGAACCAAAAUUGUCCUCUGAACACUACAGCAGCCAAUCUCAUGGCAACAGUAUGACUGAACUAAAGCCCAGCAGCAAAGCUCAUCUCACCAAGCUGAAAAUACCUUCCCAACCAUUGGAUGCAUCUGCUUCUGGUGAUGUGAGCUGUGUGGAUGAAAUUCUUAAAGAGAUGACGCAUUCAUGGCCUCCCCCUCUAACGGCUAUUCAUACACCAUGCAAAACCGAGCCUUCCAAAUUUCCUUUUCCAACUAAGGAGUCUCAGCAGUCCAAUUUUGGCCCUGGAGAACAAAAAAGAUAUAAUCCUUCUUCUAAAACUUCCAAUGGGCACCAGUCUAAAUCUAUGUUAAAAGAUGACUUAAAACUAAGCAGCAGUGAAGACAGUGAUGGGGAACAGGAUUGUGAUAAGACAAUGCCAAGGAGUACACCUGGAAGUAACUCUGAACCUUCACACCAUAAUAGUGAAGGGGCAGAUAACUCCAGGGAUGAUUCUAGCAGCCACAGUGGAUCUGAAAGCAGCUCUGGAUCUGACUCAGAGAGUGAAAGUAGUUCCAGUGACAGUGAGGCAAAUGAGCCAUCCCAGAGUGCAUCUCCUGAGCCUGAACCACCACCCACAAACAAAUGGCAACUUGAUAAUUGGCUGAAUAAAGUGAACCCACAUAAAGUGUCACCAGCUUCUUCUGUGGACAGUAAUAUCCCAUCAUCUCAAGGCUAUAAAAAGGAAGGCCGAGAACAGGGCACAGGGAAUAGCUAUACUGAUCCAGGUGGUCCUAAAGAAACAAGUUCUGCUACUCCUGGACGAGACUCCAAAACUGUCCAAAAGGGAUCAGAGAGUGGGCGUGGGAGGCAGAAGUCUCCUGCACAGAGUGACAGCACAGCACAGAGGAGAACUGUAGGCAAAAAACAACCCAAAAAGACUGAGAAGGCAGCUGCUGAAGAGCCCCGCGGAGGCCUGAAGAUAGAGAGUGAAACCCCUGUAGACAUGGCUACCAGCAUGCCCUCCAGCAGACACAAAGCAGCUACCAAAGGCUCAAGGAAACCCAAUAUAAAAAAGGAGUCCAAAUCUUCCCCUCGACCUUCAGCAGAGAAAAAGAAAUACAAGUCAACAAGUAAAUCUUCCCAGAAAUCAAGGGAAAUCAUAGAAACAGAUACCUCAUCCUCAGAUUCGGAUGAAAGCGAGAGCCUUCCUCCUUCCUCACAAACUCCUAAGUACCCUGAGAGUAAUAGGACUCCCGUUAAGCCCUCCUCGGUGGAGGAAGAAGAUAGCUUUUUUCGGCAACGAAUGUUCUCUCCUAUGGAAGAGAAGGAACUUCUUUCACCCCUCAGUGAGCCUGAUGACAGGUAUCCACUUAUUGUGAAGAUUGACCUGAAUCUCUUGACUAGAAUACCAGGAAAGCCUUACAAAGAAACAGAGACACCCAAGGGGGAAAAGAAAAAUGUUCCAGAAAAGCACACAAGAGAGGCUCAGAAACAAGCCUCAGAAAAAGUUUCCAACAAAGGCAAAAGGAAACAUAAGAAUGAAGAUGAUAACAGAGCCAAUGAGAGCAAGAAACCCAAAACGGAAGACAAGAAUUCGGCAGGCCACAAGCCAUCCAGCAACAAAGAGUCAUCUAAACAGAGUGCUGCUAAAGAAAAAGAUUUGUUGCCUUCUCCUGCUGGGCCUGUUCCUUCAAAAGAUCCAAAAACAGAGCAUGGCUCUCGGAAGAGGACUAUUAGUCAGUCUUCUUCUUUAAAGUCAAGUAAUAACAGCAACAAGGAAAAUAGCAGCAGCAGCAAAAACAGUUCCUCUACAUCAAAGCAGAAGAGGACUGAAGGGAAGACUUCCAGUAGCUCUAAGGAGGUCAAGGAAAAGGCUCCAAAUAGCUCUUCUAACUGUCCUCCAUCUACACCAACUCCUGAUGCUUCUAAGCCUCGGAGAGCGAAGCUUGCCUUUGACGACAGAAAUUAUUCAGCAGACCAUUAUUUACAAGAAGCAAAAAAGCUAAAGCACAAUGCAGAUGCAUUGUCUGAUAGGUUUGAGAAAGCUGUAUACUAUCUUGAUGCUGUGGUAUCUUUCAUUGAAUGUGGGAAUGCAUUAGAGAAAAAUGCUCAGGAAUCCAAAUCCCCAUUCCUUAUGUAUUCAGAGACAGUGGAGCUCAUCAAAUACACUAUGAAGCUAAAGAAUUACUUGGCACCAGAUGCUACAGCUGCAGAUAAAAGACUCACAGUACUUUGCCUGCGAUGCCAGUCUUUGCUGUACCUGAGGCUAUUCAAACUGAAGAAGGAAACUGCUCUGAAGUAUUCAAAGACACUAACAGAGCACCUGAAGAAUUCUUAUAAUAAUUCUCAAGCACCAUCACCAGGCUUGGGAAGCAAAGCUGCUGGGAUGCCUUCCCCUGUUUCUCCAAAGCUGUCACCAGGCAAUUCAGGAAAUUAUUCUUCUGGGGCCAGUAGUGCUUCAGCAAGUGGUUCUUCAGUGACCAUUCCACAGAGGAUCCACCACAUGGCAGCCAGCUAUGUUCAGGUUACAUCCAACUUCCUCUAUGCCACCGAAAUUUGGGACCAAGCUGAACAGCUUUCCAAAGAGCAGAAAGAAUUCUUUGCUGAACUGGAUAAAGUAAUGGGUCCUCUCAUCUUUAACGCAAGCAUCAUGACAGACCUAGUUCGUUAUACCCGGCAGGGACUGCACUGGCUUCGCCAGGAUGCCAAGUUGAUAUCCUGAACUGAACACAUUCUUGUUGCCUCUGAUUUUCUCCACAACACUGUGUCACAUCAUGAAGGAAAACUGCCAUAACAUACCACCUAGUCGACACUAAGAAUGAGGAAUGGUUUUCUCCUCCCUGGUUCAUGUGUUGUUUUUUUAUAACCCAAAGCCAUCAUGUAGUUGACCCCUUCAAUAUUCCCAAUAUGAAAAAUUAUUUAAAUGCUUUUAAAUCUGCAGCACGUUGAUAAGCUGGUUUCAAUGACCUGUAAUAAGAUUGAAAUUUCGGUUGCAAUUCAUAACUAAUCAGUUGAAAUUCUAUUUAUUUUAAUUUUUUUAAGUGCCCAGAUUGGGGCUAGUUUAAAACUUAGUUAUUUCUGCCUAUAAAUUUACUCUGUUGAAUAUUUUGUGUAAAUUUAAUGUAGGCAUUUUUAUUUAUAUACUUUGGGAGCUUUGUUACCUAAAAAUAAUGUCUUUUUGUGGUAACUCUUCUAAGAGUAAGAGUUGGUUCAUCUAGAAUGUGGACAUGUUCUUUCUACACCUACUACCUGAUACUACUUCAGAUCUUAAGUACAAUUUUAUUAUUGCAGAAUUUAUACUUAGUAUUAAGGAUAUUCUUCUACACAUGAAAAAUCACUUAAAUAUGAGAAGAUGGCGUUCUACAUGGAUGUAAAAUGAAAUGUGUCUGAUUUGGUAUGCAUUAUUUCAAGAACUGUGAACAUGUGUUAAUAACACUAUAGCAAUCACAAGGUGACUAUAACUUGCAUUUAAUGCAUUACGAAAGAGGGCAGGCAGACUUUCUAGGAGAAGCAUAUCAUGUGAAGGGUUUCAUAAAAGGACAAUCUUGAACCUUAUGGAUUUUAUUAAAACCAUGCUUUUUGGUUUUUGGGGGUUUUUGUUACUAAUAAUUUGACACUUAACUGAAACAGAAUAAGUUACUGUCGAACAAAGGUUGAUCUAACUCCUGAGCGUUGCUGCCUAUAUCUCUUGCAUUGAUGAUGUUUGUAGGGUAAAAUCUCUCUUCAGAAUUCUAAUUUAAAACUUUUUUCCCACACUAGAUUGUGGUGUUCUGAUAGGAGCAUUCAGUGACUGAUGUAGGAAUGGGCUGGAGCUUUGGUGUGUGUGCUUUUACUAUACAACUUAGAGCUCUAAUGCCUGAUGUAGAGAUGAUCAGUUUCUCCUUUUAAACCUGUCUUGUGUUUACUACCUUUGUAUUAUGAAGGCCCUCAUCAAUGAUGUAUAUUUCUGAUGGGAUCAGAAAAUUCACACUAGAAAAGUACCUAACUUGGUUCAGUAUGAAUUCUCUUGGGAAGGGGAGGGAAGCUGGGGUAGAGCUUGAGAAGCCAGCUCUGUAAGAGUUGUAUAUCAAAGUACAUUUCCCUAUAAGGUGCAUAUAGGAGUCAAAAGUGAGAAAUAAUACCUUCUAUCUUUUGUUUUUAGUGCCCCUAUCAUGUCUGGUGUGCCUUAAAUCUUACCUUUAAAUGAAGAGUCUAUGGAUUGUUUACAGAUGAAGUUUUACACUAGUUGCAGAUCACCCAUAUGGUUGGUAUUCUGUAGUAAUAAUGUUAAAUUUUCUUUCCUUUUCAGUUGUCCUUUAGGGUCACAUAAAGAUUAAUUCUUUCAGAAAAGCUAAUGCUUUGGUACAUGACUUAGUCUAACCUGUUGGGUAAUGCUGCUUCAAAAGAUAGUUUGUCCUUCUCCCAAUUUCAAAAAUGAAUCCAUCCAAUCAGAAAAAAGGAUUGCCCUGCUAUUUAUAGAUGAUUGCUAAGGCUUGAAAUGGGAAAGAAGGGAUAGAAAAUCUCCAAGACCAGUGGUAUAAUGACUCCUCUGUGUCUGAGUCUACACUUACUUAUGAAGCUAGUGAACUUUCAUUGUCCUGUGGCCUCAUAUAGAGCUUCUUAAUGGUUUUGUACCUCAAGUUGUUUUUGCAUAUCACUGAAGAUUCAGAUCUCCAAAUUAUGCUGAAUUUAACAAUUUUCCCUUGGAGAAAUUGCCUCUGAUACCUUGCUAACUUAAUCUUAGUGUGUUUUAGGAACAGUUUUCCUUAAGAGGACAGCUUCUCAGUGAUCGUUAUUCAGUAAGAAACUUGCCACAGUUAAUCAAGUAGAUGUUUGUCCUGUUCUUCUCUGAUUUCUCUGACUCUGAUUCCUUAAUUUUCCGUGAUAUCUUAGAAAUGGAAAAAGUAUCCUCUGAGCUUUUAGACUUCCAGCAACAGCAGCCAGUGGGGCACUUCUGAGUUCCAGUAUGUUCUAGUCUCUUGUGGGUCCUGAGAGGUAGUAGGAGCAUUUCCCAGAUCACAGUGAUAAUUUGUUAAAGCAGAAUUUCCCGCAUGUUUUUUGGUGCUGUGCUAAAAGUACGCUUUCUCUAAAACUGUGUUAAUUCUUGGAAAAUGAAUUUCUACAAGCUUUUCAUUGUUAAGGGUUUUUCCCACCAGGUGGUAAUAGGCAAUGGAUCAAAAUCCUUUUCUAAAUAAUUGAAUUUUCAGUGUAAUAGUCUCUGGAAACACCACUCCCCCUCCUCUGUGUCCAUCUCCUCAGAAGUUCUGUCUGUCUUCAUCUGUUCCAGCACAUACUUUGCACUCCUUCACAGGCGACCAUUCCUUCUUCCUCAGUAGGUGUCUUCAGUGUUCUCUAUUUACAACUGAUUUUGACAAAUAGCUAGAAACUUACUUAGUCUGAGACUUGUAUUUAAUAUAGUUAAUUAUAAAAAUAGCAGCUAUUUAAAAAAUUACUCUGUUGACUUCUCUAAGACCACACUUGUAUGCCAGGAGGCAGUAGCCUACCCCACUGGACUCUUUACAGGCAACCAACGAACAUAUUAUGGUGGAUGAAGCUGUCACAUGGUAUAGUCUUGCCCGGCCUAGGCUGGGCUGUGGGGAGCACUCCCCUCCAGGUGAUUCAAGCUUCCUCAGUCCAGCCCAGGUCCAGUCUGGCUGGGGGGCAUUCAGCCCAUUUCUUGCCUCAGUGCCACCUUUUUCUGGGCAAGUAGUUAAGAACUGACUUUAUAAGCAACGAGUACUUCAGAUAAAUUUACAGCUGUAGUUGCUGAAGAGUAGAGAAGGUUGAUCAUCACUAGUUUAACUCUCCAGUGUAAAAGCUGUCUAGAGUAACGUGUGCACGUGCCCACACAUGCCUGUGCUCUGUGGGGCUCUCACGCUGGUGGAUCCACAGGCAUCUGGGUUGCACUUUGAACGAUACACUUAUGGCUUUAUUAGGUUCGCUGCUGUUGUUGUUUUUUAAUUGUUGUUUGUUUCUUUUCAUUAAAGAAAGGUUUAAUCAGCUAGAUCAGACAGCAUCAUUUUUAUAUUUAAUGACAGUAACUUCGAGAAAUUACCUUAUUGAAUAAGCUUGCAUUGUGAAGCAAGAGCCUACAAAACACACCUGUUCUAAGUGAAAUUUCUGGCUGGAGGCCAGCAGCACUCUGCGAGUUUCAGCACAGCCCGUGAUUGCUCGUCAGUGAUGCCUAGUUGUGUAGGGGAGAGGUACGCUGUGCACUCUUCUAAGUGUGAGGGUAUGCGACUUUGGAUUUUAAAAUUAUGUACACAUACACACUUUAUAUAUAUGUAUGUAUGUAUGUAUGAAAACAUGAAGUUAGUUUGUCAAAAAUGUGUGUGUUUAGUAUUUUAGCUUAGUGCAACUAUUUCCACAUUAUUUAUUAAAUUGAUCUAAGACACUUUCUUAUUGACACCUUGAAUAUUAAUGUUCAAGGGUGCAAU